AUGGAGGUGGAGGAGAAGCACAACGACCACCACGUGGAGACCUACUCCGACGACGCCAACAAGGUCGGCGACCAGGAGGAGCAGCGCCACUAUGCCAACAUUGACGAGGGCUUUGACCCUCUCGAGAUCAAGCGCAUCGUCCGCAAGAUCGACUACCGCCUCAUCCCUAUCCUUUCCGCCAUGUACUGCAUUUCGCUCAUCGACCGUACCAACCUGUCCUUGGCGCGCGCUGCCAACUCCAUGCAGAUGCAGAAGGAUCUGCGCCUCGACAUUGGCUACCGCUACUCGAUCGCCGCCCUCGUCUUCUUCAUCCCCUACAUCGUUCUCGAGAUCCCUUCGCAGCUCGGUCUCCGCAAGUUUGGCGCCCGUUGGUGGCUCGGCACCUCGGUCAUCCUCUGGGGAGCUGUCAUGAUCGGAAUGGGCUUCUCCAACAGCUGGUCGAUGCUUGCAGGCUUCCGCGCGUGGCUCGGCAUGUUCGAGGCUACUCUUUUCCCCGGCGCUGCCUACCUCAUCUCGUGCUGGUACCCCAGGAAGUCGAUGGCCGUCCGCAACACUGCGUUCUACGUCGUCUCCAUCGUCAUCUCCGGUCUCUCGUCCAUCCUCGCAUACGGUCUCGGCAUGCUCCACGGCCGCAACGGUCUGCACGGCUGGCAGUGGAUCUUCAUUAUUCAGGGUGUUAUCACCGUGGCCAUCGGUCUGCUUGGUUACCUGUUCAUCGUCGACUUCCCCGACAAGGCUCACUUCUUGACCGAGGAGCAGCGUGACAUUGUCACCACCCGCAUCCAGCGUGACCGUGGCGAUGCCGUGGUCGACCCCAUGACCUGGGCCAAGUUCAAGAGCUACAUCCUCUCGCCCCGCCUCUGGAUCUACGGCUACAUGUUUGGCUCGUCCACCGUCGGCUCGUACUCGCUCGCCUACUUCCUCCCCCGCAUUCUCGCUCAGAUGGGCUUCACCAACGCCCAGUCCCAGCUCCUCGUGGCGCCUCCUUAUGCCUGGGCCGCCAUCCCCGCCCUCACCAGCGCCUACUUUGCCGACCGCAUCCGCGGUGCCCGUUCGAUUGCCGUUAUUGUCAACGCCGUGUUCCUCAUUGUCGGAACCUGCAUGUACUCGCAGCUCCCUGUCGCCCAAAAGGCCGCCCGCUACGCUGGUAUCUUCUUCGCCAUCGGUGGCUGUAACGCCAACGUGCCCCUCGUCAUCUCGUGGGCCCAGACCUCGAUCCGCUCUCAGUCGAAGCGUGGCUUCACCGCCGCUCUCGUCGUCGCCUGGGGCGGUGUCGGUGGUAUCAUCGCCUCGGUCGUCUUCAUGGAGCGCGAGGCCCCCAGCUACCCCACCGGCGUCUACCUCACCAUCGGCAUGAACGUGGCCGUCAUUCUGCUCUGCAUCGGCCUCAACCUCUACUACCGCUACCAGAACAAGCGCGCCGACCGCGGACUCGUCGUCCUCGAGGGAUCGCCCGACUUCCGCUACCAGAUGUAA